AUUAGUGAUAUUUUAACUAUUUCUAUAUUUCAAACUGUGGUUUGGUUUCCUGGCCGGAGAGCUGUCAUGGUUUCCCGAGCUUCCUUGAACGCAUCAAAAGCACCGAGCAGAGCGGACGUGCAUGAUGCUCAUCAAAGCCUGAUGGCACCAAGGUUGUUUUUUUCAAUUAUACCCUCGGGGUGGGUAUACCGUCGCCACGUUUUGUGGCUUGUCACUUCCGGGGGAGCCUCGGGCGAAUUAGCCCAUCAUAUCGCCGGUGGAAGAAGUUAGGCGGCCUCAAUGCUCCGUGCAGGCAGGAUGGAGGAGUUUGUCACGGAUGAAGAGGAGCCGUGGUACGACCAGCGUGACCUGGAGCAAGACUUGCACUUGGCAGCGGAGCUCGGCAAAACCCUCCUGGAGCGCAACAAGGAGCUGGAGGAUUCCCUUCAGCAGAUGUACAUCAACAAUGAGGAGCAGGUGCACGAGAUAGAGUACCUGUCCAAGCAGCUGGAGAUGUUAAGGGAGAUGAACGAGCAGCAUGCAAAGGUGUACGAGCAGCUGGACGUGACUGCCCGAGAGUUGGAGAUCACCAAUGAGAAGCUGGUGCUGGAGAGCAAGGCCUCGCAGCAGAAAAUAGACCGGUUGACGGGCACCAUGGAGACCUUGCAUGGUCAGGUGGACUGUCUGACCGCACGAGUGGAGGAGCUGAGAACUCUGGAGGAGCUGAGGGUCCUCCGAGAGAAGAAGGAACGCCGCAAGACGGUCCACUCGUUCCCUUGCCUUAAAGAACUCUGCACUGCACCAAGAUAUGAGGACGGUUUCCUGUUGGCAAACCCGGGCAGCGUGGACUUCGCCGAGAGACAGCCAGCGGAAGAGGAGAACGAGCGCCUGAGAGACAUCGUGACGUCGCUGCGUGCCGCCAUGUCUGCGGAACGCUCCAAAAGGGAGGGUGCCGAGCGGGAGUGCGCCGCCGUGCUGCAGGAGUUUUUACGUCUUGAGCAGCGUCUCCUCGGCGCCGAGGGCUGCCAGCUACGGGUUCAGGAGCUGGAGGCGGAGCUCCAGGAGAUGCAGCUGCUGAGGAAGUCCAGGGUGUGUCUGAUGGAGGAGGGCAUGGAGACGCUGCUCGGCAACGGCCCAGAGACUGACACGCCCGAUGAAGGCGCGGCUCUGGACGGCGGUGCCGAAGGAGGCGAUGCGGGAGGACCCGUGAGGAAAAGCUGCAGCGAUACGGCCCUGAACGCCAUCAAGGCCCGCGACCCCCCAGGGAGGCGUCAGACGGGCCACAAACGAGGCAUGUCCAUCCUGAGCGAGGUGGACGAGCAGUACCACUCCCUGCUGGAGAAGUACGAGGAGCUGCUGGGAAAGUGCCGGCGUCACGAAGAGAGCCUGUGCCAUGCCGAGGUGCAGACGUCAAGGCCCGUGUCAAGGGAUCCUUCCAUGAAGGAGUACAGUAUGGUCUCCGCAGGGGCCUCGGGGGCAGCAGCAGCAACAGCGGAGGAGGUCAGGGCCCCACUCACACCUCCCCACACCCCCUCCACACCAGAGGCCAUGGAGGGCAUCAGCAGGCAGGUGGAGCAAGUAGACAAACGGCUGAGCCAGAACACGCCCGAGUACAAAGCUCUCUUCAAGGAGAUCUUCUCCCGCUUGCAGAAGACCAAGAGCGACAUAAACACCAGCAAGAGCAGAAAGAGCAACAAGUGAGCGCUUAUUACGUCACGUAUUGAAAAUGCAGCACUCUCUUAAAAAGCAGGUGGAUUGAAAUAAGCUUUUAAUCCUCCUAGCGCCCGAGGUGUGUUUAUUUCUUAAUCAUGCCCCGCCCCCUUAUGAAUUGCCAAACUGUACAGUGCCGAGGCUCAUUUUUCCCUCCAGCAUGCCUUGCAGGAUGAAUGAACACACUGUCCCUUUUGUGUAAAUUAAAAGAAAUGCAUUGA